AUGACAGCCAUGGAGCAGCAAAGCGCUUUUCCGGCACUCCAGGCCUCGCUGGGGCGGCACCGUUUGAAGAUCGAAGGCUUGCGGGAGCUCGAGGAGCGGCUGAAUGCGCGGAUUGCGCGGCUCAGCGAACUGAGCCAAAUGGUGCAAUCCCUCAUCGACGGCUCGAAACGCCCCAGCGAGGCGAGCGGCGAGGAGGCUUGGGAGGCGGCGCUGCCCGUGUUGCAGUCCGUUGCCUCGGAGGCUUCCGUGGCGACUUUGAGUAAUCCGCAGUCGCCGAGCAGUCGCCGCAACGUGACCCGAAGCGUCUCCUGGGUUUCACAAAACGAGGAGAGGCCAGUGGCCGCCAAGGAAGACGAGCCGAGGUUUCCUCCGCACGGGCACUGGGUUCCUCUGGACCUUCUGGAACGUCGGGCCUCCUUUCAGGGGGAUGCGGCUUUGAAGCUCGGGGGAAGGCAGGUGCAGCUUCAGACCCGGCCCCCCGAUGGGCUGCGUGUUCCCUGCAUUUUGGUAGAGCCCAUGGGGAAGUUGCUGAGCCCGGAUGAGUUCGUCAGCGUCGGCGUGGCUGUGGUCUUCCAGGAAGCACCACAUUCCAACUCCAGCGUGGAGGAAUGGGCUCAGGUACUCAAGCGCACGAAGCUCUUGGAUGCAGGGCUCUCGGUCGCCUUUCCAGAUCUGGGCCAAGCUCUCAAAGAGAAAGAGCAGGAAAAAGAGUCCGAGCCCGGUCCAGCGCUCGCAGCGCUCACGGCAGCGGACUUUCAAGACGUCUUGGAUGCGAUUGUGUCCUCCACCAAGGAAGACUGCUAUAUCCUGUGCGGCAAGGGCAAAGGUGCGCACCAUGCCAUGGACUUGGCCGCAAGAAACUCGAAGACAGCAUCCGCGAUUCUCUUUGCUCCAUCCUCUCCUCCACCCAGCUCAUGCCAGGACUUCCCUGGGCCAGUGAUGCUGGUUUGGGCACAGGAUGACAAGAAGCAGCCCUUUGAGAAUGCCCCUCUCUGGGCGGAGCAAUUGGGAAGCCGCGAGGAUGCAGUGGCCGUGCUCCGCGAUCCGGCUGUGGGAGGCCACGAUCUCGCACGGCUCCUCCGCAAGGACGAGCGGACGGCGACAGACAUGUUGGCAUUUGUGGCCGCCGUGCUGCUAAUCGCCGAGCUCCCAAGGCUAUCAGAGGGCAAGGAUGCUCGGAAGCCUCGGGUGCUUCGUCUGCUGGAAGAGCUCCCCCUGCAUCUGCUGAACCAGCUCCGCCAACAUCUGAGGGUGAGCGCGGACGAGAGCCAUGCUGAUGACAUUGCCGCAGCCUUGCUGGCCCAUGUCUCGGAACACUCCCAGGGUGUGAGCCGUUUGUUGCAAUUGCUGAAGGAGUGGAUCAACAACGAUAUGCCAAGUGGUGCCUCUGGCAGCUUCAAGCCGAUUGGUUUGCUCUUCGUCGUGGCGAAGGUCUUUUUCUCGUGCCUCUGUGCGGUCCUUGCAGAAAAGCACCUGAAGGCCUUCAGCGAUAUGCCGAUCUAUGCACAGGUGGCGCAGCUGAAGUUCGCUUGGCUGUGGACAUCCCUGCUUCUCACCCUCCUCUUCGACCGAAACGUGCGGGAGGACGGCUUCUGGAAUGGCUGGGACAGCCGAACGGUGGUGGUGGCCUGCUCCUGGCAGGGACCCUUUGGUCCCGGCAGCUGCUUCAGCGUUUGCACCCAUGGCACCUGCCUGACCCAAGGCUCUGAGGCGCUCCUGUCAGAUUUAGAGGACAUUGCCAGCUUCGCUCCCAUUCAGACGGCCCGAAGGGGCUGUCUUGGCAUGUGCGGUAAUGGUCCCAACUGCUUGUUGGAGCAACCAGGCAAACGCCAGGCUGUCAGCAGACUGGACAGCUUCAGCAAGGUUAUUGCUCUUGUGAAGAAAGUCCUCAAGGACACAUCCAGUCUCACGCCAGACCUUCUGGAAAAGGCACGCGUGAAGUCGGAUGCGAUCCGGAUAAUUGCUAUGAGCGCCCUCCGUCCAGAGCGAACUGCAGAGGACAUGGGGAAGGCCAUAGCGCUUCUUUCUGGUGCCAUUGACCAAGAGCUGACACAACCGUCGAAAGUGAUGCCCGCCCGACUGCGAAGCCUCUAUCUUCUCCGGGGCAAAGCCUUGGGAAGACGCCUUCUGGCCGAGAGCGACCAAAAGGCCCGGGCUUCCAAUGCGUCGGCGGCUGUGAAAGAUUUCGAAGCCGUCUUAGACGUGGACCCGAACUUUGCGGAUGCCUACGCAGAGAUUGGCCACAUCAACGGCUUUGUUGGUCAGACUGCUGCAGCGUUGCAGUUGUAUCAGAAGGCUCUGAGCCUCAUGCACUUGGGAUCUCCCGAAGCGUCAAAACUGCAGCGCCGAGUGCAGAGGCUCCAGGAAGGGCGCAUUGCUUCCUUGGAAGGCCGAGAAGACUCCGGCGAUGGCAGUGGCCUUUGGAAGGUUUUAGAAAUCGAGGGCCUCUCCCCGGACACCUGCAUCUAUCGGCUUCAGACUUUGCCACCAGCCGAGCCGCACCCAUUUCCACACUCGGCGUGGCAUGUCCACGUAGCUUACGGAGCGACCCUGAGGGAGUAUACGCCCGUCUCUUCCGCGUCUGCCUGGGAAAGCGGGCGUUUGGAUCUGCUCGUAAAAACAUAUCCCGAUGGAACGGUCUCGAGGUUCUUCGGUUCGCUUCAGACGGUGGAGGAGGGACAAGAGGCCUGCUUGCAAAGCUAUGGCCUUCUGGAGGAGCAGAACUGUUGGGUCCGUGUGUCGGCUCCGAUGCUCACCUUGGAGCUUCCAUGCCUCGGCCUUGGGAGACCGGUUGAGCAGCUCGCCAUCGUGGCAGGUGGAACUGGAAUCGCACCAGCAAUUCAGAUCCUGUCAGAAGUUGUGGACAGUGAGGGGAGCAUGGGUGGAUGUUCCGCAAGGCUUCUCUACUCCAGCCGCACUCCUCGAGACGUGUUAAUGCUGGACGAGCUUCGGGCCCUUUCGGUGAAGUCGCAUCGGGUUCAGGUUGCUCACACUCUGACGCAGGAAAGUCGACGGUCUUCGUCACGCCACUUCCGAGGUAAGCACAGGCACUUCACCACAAGCUAUGUUCCCCGAGAUGGGCCACUGCAGGCGGAAGAGGUGGCCUUUCACAGGCGUGUGGACGCGGACAUGCUCAAGGCAUGUGUCCCUGGUCCCGGGCAGGCCCAUUCUGUGAUCGUGUGCGGGCCACAGGGCCUACUGGACGUGUGUGAGAGGUCUUUAAAGAUUCUCGGCCACGAGCCCAACAACAUCCUGCUGCUCCGUGCCACCGCAACGGAAUCACGGGCCGACGAAGACUUCAGCGAGGAGUCGGAUGAAGGCCAAUCAGAUGACGAGGUCUCGCAAGACGAGCUUGCAGACAUGCCUGUCAUCUCCGUUUCACCUGUGCCUGAAAUUACUAUCUCGGCCCCGAGUACAGCAUCCAAGCCGGGAGACCUUCUGAAAGCUCAGCUUGCUGGGGGUUCUCCGAGCCCAUCUCCUGGCUUGACCUUCGCGGACCGAGUGGUUUUCAAGGGGUGGUCCACCUUCGUGGUCCUGAAAAGCUUGGACUCGGUUCUGAAGAACAUCGGCGAGGCGGUGGCCAUCCUCGUCAUCUACGUCUUUGACGUCCUUAUCGCGGACUAUGUUUCAGAUAUUCUCCCAGUCCAUGGGAAAGACUUCAACCUCACCAUCUUCCUCAUGGUGAUGGUCGUGGUGUUGACGGUGGUCACUUACACCCUGGCACCAGCCUGGAAGAAGCCAGCACCGUAA